GAACUCGAGCACCGCGUCCCAAAACUGCAGGCUCUCAGCACACACGCUGUGCGGGCCGUUCAUAUCAAACAUAUCGAUCGCCAUGGUGAGCUGCAGCAGUGUCGAGCGGUCAAGCAGACUGUAGAUAUUAUUUUUCCGCAGAGCUGCGCAGAGGAGCACGCAUGCCUCUCUGCACAGUUUCGGGUCCCUGACUAGCUCCAGACUCGUUUUCACGACACGGUCUAUUUCCGGGGCCGUGUCGGACUCUGCCAACAGUGCUUCUAAAGAUCGCAGCGCGCCCUGGCUGAGACUGGCGUCGUGCAACUGGACAACGUGCAAAAAUUGCGUAGCAAGAUAUUCUGCGUGUGAAGCCAGCUUUUCCAGCACUCUAUCAAUCUUCAGCCACUCGUGCACUAUAUCCAGCGCUGCACACACAACAGACCGGUCCAGAUCCGCGAUAUUGUCCGCCAAAAACGCAACAAAGUCCAGACACGAGCUGCGCCGCACUAGCAGCGAGACCUGGCUCGCAACGCCGGAAAGACGCUGUUUUUUGGCUCCAGAUGGCGGCACCGCCACAGCAAAGUACCGUUCCAGCGUCGGGGCCACCGCUGGGCCCGCCUCGCGGCGCGCGGCGCAGAUUUGCACGCCAAAACACAGCACACAGUGAAUCUCUGCCUCGUUCGUCCCAAAAACGUGAGCAAACUCGCCCAUCGCCCCAAUGAACUCCGCCACCGCCAGCUGCAUCGCAGCCAUACUGACCGUGCGCAUUCCAGCCACGAUUCGCACGCCCGCCCAAAAAGCGCGCUCCGCCAGCGCCGCGUCCACCAGCCGGCUGUCUGCCAUCACCUGGCGCAUCAGCCGCACCAGAAACACAGCCGUCUCGGUCUCGGCCAUUUUUGCGCCACAUCGGCCCUCGCAAAACCUCACCAAUGCCUUGUAAUAUGUUUGCUCCCGUAAAAACAUCUCCAUGCUCGAGGAAUUCACAGGAAUGACGUACUCGCAUAGCAGCUGGAGCAGCGCGUUCACAAAAAUCUGCUGUGUCUCUCCCGCCAGAGCCAAACAGUCCACCACCAUCCGCACGAUCGCCUCGUGGUUCUCCGGUUUGAGGUGGCUCUUGAAAUUCGGCACACAGACCAGAGAGUACAAAGCGCGCGCCAUUGCGAGCGCAGCAGGCUCGAAAAUGCGCAAUUCGCCGCCUCCGCACACCAUGUGGCCCAGUAGAAGGUCCACCAUCUCGCUCAGCUGGCGAUAUCUCAGCCGUGCAACGGUCUCGGGUUGCGAGAUCGCCUGGCACAAACGGCGCACUAGAUCCGCCAUCUUGCCGAUCCGCGUCUCCAAAACGCCCGAUCCGCGCUCAGACACGUCGGCACGCAAAUACGGCACGGCGUCGAGCGCUAUGCUUUGCGACAGAGCACGCAGCAGCAGGUCCGCGUUGUCGCGCAGGGCUGCCGAGCCCAAAUCAGCCGCCUCCAGCUCAUUCAGCGCCUCGGCGCGCUCGCGCACUUUCGACGACACAAGCGACUCUGAUUGUUAGCCAGUGGACAGAAGACAACGCACCUGCGAUCUGGAAUAGCCGCAUCUGUGUCUACAGAC